AUGAAAUUAACUCAAAAAUUAGGAAUAAUAAAAUCGUUAAAAAAACAUAAACUUGAUCAAUUAAAUACAACGAGUAAAUUUAUAUUUAAUGAUUUAACUUCGAAGUCAAAAGUGUUUGAUGAUUCAACAAGAAUAAAUCAUGACAAUUACGAUCACAAUAAUUCCAGUUCAGAAUAUGAUGACGGUGACUAUGACUUCGAUAACAACGCUGAAAAUGAUGAUGCUAGUGAAAAUGUUGGCCCUGAUGAUACUGAUAAUGUGAAUUCUGCGUUUGAUGGUAAUGAUAGUGAUGCGAACGGUAGUGAUAAUAAAGAACCUGGUGCUGAUAAUGGCAAUGAUGAUUUCGAAUCAAGUGACGCCAGUAUUGAUGGUGACUCUGUUGAUGAUGAUCAGUCACAAGUGGAUGAUGAGGAAUCCAUGAAAGAUGCUCCCGAGACAUUUGCUCCCGCAACAAUUGCUUCCCGGACAUUUGCUCUCACGACAUUUGCUCUUCUGUGA